UUUUUUUUUGAGCCUUGGACCACAACCUCUAUUUAUAUGAAGCCCUUCUUAGCUCCAUUCCAUACACUACUGCAAGACCCUUCCUUCAUAGUUCUAUUCUAUCCCAAACUUUACAAAGAAGUUGAGUCCUCUCUCCCUCUCUCUCUCUCUCUGAAACGCAAGGGGAAAGUAACAAAAGGAGAAUAAGAUAUGAAGAACAGUGCAACCGUAAGAGACCCUAAGAGAAAGGUAUCAUGCAGAAAGCUUGGAGGUUAUCUUAAAGAACAGAAGGGAAAGCUAUACAUAAUCAGGAGAUGUGUAGUCAUGCUCCUUUGUUGGCAUGACUAAAAGCAACAUGUUGAAGGCCAUUGUUGAUGCCACAAGUUAAUUUGAAGCAAAGCCAUUGCUGUCACUUGCAGCCAAUCACACACACACUCUCUCUCAUUUUUUUGUUAAUUUUCUUUUUUACUGUUUGUGGGUGAUUGGUACAUCUCCCUUCGAAAUGUAUAUACUACAGAGACAUGUUAGCUAGGCCUAGGGGCAAUUCGUGCUUCACCAUGCUUUAUCUUGAUAUGAAUGUAAAAGAGCUUCAAUUUAAAUGUUCAAUUUCAAUUUUUCAGGAAA